AUGCCUGUCAGUCGAAUCCGUCGAAACAUGCUGACCACUCUGUUUCUUGCCUUCCUGGUGUCUUCUGUCACUGCCACAGAGAAAGACAGUGCUCCUCCCAGGCUGAAUGACAUCAAAGCUGUUGAGGCCUUCAUCGACUCUGCUGAAGUGGUGGUCAUCGGAUUUCUGGAGGGAGAGGAGAGUCGUGGCUAUAAGGAGCUUGUUGCAGCUGCAAAGCGCGUUGACUCGGUCCCUGUAGCCAUUUGCACAGUGAAAGAGGUGUGGGCUGAUUACAGCGUCUCCUCAGACACCAUCAGCCUCUUCAGGAAGGCUGAUAACCAUCAGGAGAAUCUUGCUCUCGCAGAGGCCAAGAAGUUAGAAACGGACGGUCUUGUAAACUUCAUCACUAUCAACGAGGUCCGAUACAUCACAGAAUACAACCAAGUGACAGCAGUGGGCCUGUUCAAUUCAGAGGUGAAGUCACACCUCCUGCUCUUUGCCAACAGGGGGAGUAAAGAAUAUACUGAGCUCAAGAAGCAACUGGGAGCUCUGGCCCCGGAGUUCACAGGCAAGUUCUUGUUCGUGCUGAUUAAUGGAGCAGUGAAGUCCAACUCUCGGUCACUCGGCUACUUUGGCAUCAAGUCUCAGGACCUCCCACGGGUUGGCAUCUAUGCUGGUGACUCUGACAUGAAGUGGCUCCUUCCUGCGGGAGAGAUUUCUACUGAACGAGUACGGGAGUUUUGCCAGUCCUUCCUACGAGGAGAACUGAAGGAAGUGAAGCAGGCCGGAGCAGAAGCCAAGACAGAGCUCUAGGACUCAUUGAACAAAUGUAAAUUAAUUAUUAUACAU